CGGGUCAAGGCCAUUUAUCAACGUGCCUUCAAUGUUCGCAAUGCAGACUGUGAGGACCAGUGUUUUUGUGCAGCGUUGUGUGCGCAAACUUAGACAUGACAGCAUCGCUAAGAGCGUAUUUAGGUUCAACAAUACGAGUUCCAAUUUACAAAGAACUUGUUUGUACGAUUUCCAUGUUGCCCAAAAUGGGAAAAUGGUUCCGUUUGCUGGCUGGGAGAUGCCAGUGCAGUACAAAGACACUAUAUCAGAGUCUCAUCUGCAUGUGAGGGAAAAUGUUGGCAUUUUUGAUGUUUCCCACAUGCUACAAACAAAAGUAGUUGGCAAAGAUCGUAUUGAGUACAUGGAGUCUCUCGUUCCUGCUGAUGUUCAGGGCAUGAAGGACAACACUGGGACACUGUCAGUAUUUCUGAAUGAAAAGGGUGGAAUUUUGGAUGACUUGAUUGUCACAAAGACGACGGAAGAUUAUCUGUAUGUUGUGUCAAAUGCGGGAUGCAUUGAGAAGGAUUUCUCCAAUAUGCAGAACAGGGCAGAAGCAUGUAGGAAAAAAGGGCUUGAUGUCAAGGUGGAGAAAAUCCAGAAUGCAUUAGUGGCUGUUCAAGGACCCAAAAUGACAAAGGUCCUGCAACCCGGUAUUAACCUUGACCUUGGCCAGUUGCCCUUCAUGACCUCAGCCUUGACCUCUAUAUUUGGUAUUCCUGACUGUCGAAUCACAAGGUGUGGUUACACGGGCGAGGAUGGUGUAGAGAUCUCUGUGACCGAUGACCGCGUUGAGGAGUUGCUGAAGCUGCUCCUGUCCUCGUCCCAAGCUGAGGUCCGUAUGGCAGGCCUUGGAGCUAGAGACAGCUUGAGGCUAGAGGCCGGCCUCUGUCUCUAUGGCAAUGACAUCACUGAAGACACUACUCCAGUGGAGGCCAACUUGAACUGGGUUAUCGCCAAACGCCGACGUGAAACCGGGGGAUUCCCAGGGGCUGAUGUCAUUCUCAACCAGCUGAAGCUCAAGUCUAAGGGAAUCUCCUGCAAGAGAGUUGGGUUCCUCUCCUCCGGGCCUCCAGCCAGAGCGGGUGCUGUCAUCUUGGAUGCAGAGGGGCAGAAGGUGAUUGGUCAAUUGACUAGUGGUUGUCCUUCACCUUCCCUGAAGAAAAACGUCUCCAUGGGCUAUGUGGAAACAGCCUUUUCAAAGACAGGGACAGCCAUCAAGUUCAAGGUCAGACAGAAACUCGUUGAUGGGGAGGUGGUGAAGAUGCCGUUUGUGCCAACAAAGUAUUUCACGGGAAAGUAACCCUGCACUGUGAGGAUGAGGCCUUUGUCAAAUGUGAUUAAAAAAUGAUUAAUUGAUCAGACAAUGUUGAUGGUCAGGACUUCAUGGGUUUGUAUGCAAUUUGUUCCUCCACCUCCAAGAAUACACCCCUUUGUUUUCAAGGCCAAGCUUAUUAUUAUUAUAUUUUUUUAAUAUUAUUACUAUUAUUACUAUUAUUACUAUUAUUAUUAAGGGAUGCUAUGAGGUGUAGUUGUUAAGAGCCAAGAUUGCUCAGCUGACAUCAUAAAAAAACAGUUAUAUUUCUCGCUGGACAAUGUGUGGAACAUCAUGUCUGCACUAUGCAUUUGUGUUUUAAUGGUAGGCAACAGUAAGCCUCGGCAUCAGUUAUAAAUGGCGUCAUUUUACUAGCCUACUAAAAAUAGAUAGCAUCUCCACUACAUCGGCUGUAUAUAUUCAAGAGUGACGGAGGAACGUAGCGUCUACAAACCCCUGAAGUAUUGGUGGAUUAUGUUACACAAUGGUCAAUGUUAUGUACAAUGUGGAGACAAUGUAGACCGUGUGUGAUUCAAGGAUAAGUCCUCCGUAUACUAACAGCAAGGAGUAGAGGUGAAGGUAAUAGAACAUGGAUAUAAUGAACUACAAGGGACCGGAGAAAUCAGUUUGUUAUAUAUGUUUUUGCUCGGAAAUAUCCGUGAUCUUGGAUAAAACAAAACACAAUAUAUUUGCAGCAUUGACUUGUAUUAGCAGUGAUCACUUCCUAGCAUUCAUUUAAUAACAUUUCAUAACAUUCAUUUAAUAAUGUUAAAUUCAUAACAUUUUUAGAACAGUCUUCAUCAAAUAUCGGCCAAAGUAUUGAAUGAUGUCAUCUCAGUUGACUUUUUCGUGUUGAGGAAAAUCUUGAUUGUUUUAAGAGCCUUAUUGGCAUCGUCAGAGGAGGGUGUGGCUGGUUCCACUCAGUCGUAGGGCGGUGGGGUAGCCUCGUGGUUAAAGCGUUCGCUUGUCACACUGAAAGCCAUUCCCCACAUGGGUACAAUGUGUGAAGCCCAUUUCUGGUGUCCCCCGCCGUGAUAUUGCUGGAAUAUUGCUAAAAGCGGCGUAAAACCAUACUCACUCACUUGCUUGAGAUCCAGUCAGCAUAAGCUGAAAAACAAACUACAAGCUCUUGGUUUUUAAAUUAUGUCAUUGGCAGCCCAUUACCUUUUCUGGGCAGGGUCAAAGUCAGUCGACACGCAGGAUUCGAGAAUGGACUCUCUCAUGUAAAUGAUGGUACUCAAUGUUGAGUUCAGAAUGUCAAAUUCCAUUGCAAUGUCUCUCUUAGCUUUUAUUCCUGCAUCAACAGUGUUUCUCUAUACGCUGUACACGUCACUAAUUAGUGGUAUUUGGGCUUGUCGGGGUUCAGAUAUCAGUUCGCUAUACACGUUAGGUUGAUAUGGAGAGUUUGUUAUAUACAUACAUUAUAUAUGAUAUAGAGGAGAUAUAUUUGGGAUUUUGUAAUAGUUUGUUCCAUCUGUGUUCGUUAUAUCUGUGUUCUACUGUAUAAAUUACAAUUGUGCAUGCUCUCAUAACGCUGGAUCGAUGGUUCUGAUAAUUAUAAUGAAGUCAUCUUUUACUGAUAAUUAAGAGUUCCAGUCUGAACUUAACCAAAUUUUGUUUCCUCACUGUAAACUUUCAAGUAUUAUUUUCACUCUGUCAUUUCAUGUGAUGAUAUUCAGAGCUACCUUGCUAAACUUUCCCACUGUCCUAGAAACUUUCAAUGAGGAAAUGGUGGGUAUGUCAGACUCCCAAGGCAAGGGAGAUAUCUGACUAAAACAUUCCAGUUUCCAUCAUUGCUGAACUGGGAAGGAAUGUUGGAGUCAUAUUGUGGGUGGACUAAUGAGUCUAUGAAUUUUCCAAUCAAGAUUGCGUAACAAAAUCGACAUCUUGUUAGUUUCGGUCAACUGCAUGAUUUGCAAUGCAUGUGUGCAUUCAACUGGGCGUCAACAGUUAUUUUUCAAAUCUUUUCAUGUUUUUAAUCAUGUGUUGUGGUACAAUCCACACGCACUGGGUGUCAGAGACAGGGAAUAUGAAGCACUCCUUCGAUUAACUUGAUCACUUCGUCUUGACUGGGAGCAACCAUUUUGUUUGAAGCAAAUGCAAGUGAAUCUGAUUGGUCAGUACGAGGCACAUAGAAGGGACAGAACUUGUAAUAGCCGCUGGAGACGCUACAAUCAAGCCACAAAAUUUCAGCCUUGUCCGGCAAGGAGGAAACUGGACUUUACUAGUUACCGCCCUUGCCUUGGGAAGAUGGUAAGACUCUGACAUCAUAAAGUCAUUGUAAUGCUAGAAUAUUGGCAGGAUGGGAUGGAUAUUCUGCAAAACUAUGUCUCAAACUAAACUUGUGAUCAUAUCAUAACUACAUCCAUUCUUGGGGCUCAUGGUGCCAGUCUUCUAAGGCACCAAAUUUUGCUGUGCAAAGUUGCAUCCCUGAGGUGUGCCAUGGCCCUAUGAUUGUAAUUCCAAUCCUUGGUUAUGUUUCUUGAUUAUGAUUAUGUUUCUACAUGUCAUCACCAAACUCGUUCUUGUGAGUUUCACUAAGAGGUUGUAAUACCUGCGUCACCUUGGCCUUCCCCCGAAAUUGGGAUAUAACAGAAUUAUUGUUAUUAACCAACUUACUGUUGACCUUGAUGCUGGACAGCUUUUUUGAUAAAUUAGGAAAAUGAAACUUUUUAUCUGUCAGAACCUGUUAAAUUCAUAUCAUUGAAAAAAAAAAUGUCAUAGAUUUUUGGGAAAAAUUACACUUGCAAUUUUCUGGUGCUCGAGAAAUCUUGAAAACCGAUCUAUUUUUCUCAAUGAAACUUGGCAUAUGCAUUUCUUAUCAGCUGAACUGGUGCCUUUUGCUAUUUUAAAAGUUUUCCAAAUUUUAUUUUUUACAUUUCAGUGGAAACAAUUUCUACUUAGUCUCAAACGAGGGUAGGAUUUGUUUCCGUGCCAUAACAUGAUACUGUUCAACAUAUUUCAAUAAAACUUAAAAGUAUGCAAGCAUAUCAGUUAAACUAGUGCCUUUUGCCAUUUGGAAUUGUUUCUAAUUCAUAUUUUCUUAUGUUUCGAUGAAACUUGGCAUAUACAUUGGUCAACAGCUUAACUGGUGCCUUUUGCUAUUUUUAAAUCUUUCUAAAUUUUAUUUUGUUACGUUUCCAUGAAAACAAUUUGGUCUCAAACAACUCAAGGUCUCAUUUCCGAGCCAUAACUCUCAAACUAAUGAAUAUUUUUGCAUGAAGCUAUACAUGUUCAAUGACCACAUGCUCAACUAUUGCCUUUUCAUAUGCAAAAUUCUGUUUUUGAUAUCUUGUUUCCAUGGAAACAAUUUGUUUCCCACAAAAUCUCUACAGCUAAAGAAUAUUACUGCAGUGUAUAAUUUGCUAUUAUUGUUUUUGGAUUUGCAGACACAUUUACAGUAACAACUUGAACUAAUGUAUCCAAAAAGGCAGGAGAAGACACAUUCUAGUACCAUCUUCCCGAGGCCAGAGAGUUAACUGACUUUAAAAGUCCAGUUUCCACCCUUGCCGAAACUUGGCUGGUAUUAUGGAAUUACAUUUUAGCUGGACUAACGAGUCUAUGCAUAGUCCAUUCAAAGUCGUGCAACGAAUUUGAAAUCCGGUUCGUAAACUUUCGUGCAGAUUUCGUUCGAUUGCAAGAUUUGCAAUGCAUGUGCACCGCCAACUCGUUACCAACAGAUAUUUUCCAAAUCUUUUCAUGUUUUGAAUCAAGG